CCAGCAGCUGAUUGGUCAUCCUGAUGGACUUCCGCCUCAGCUGCAGAGAGGAAGUUCCACUUUGAAGCAGGAGACUCCACAGCUACUUCACAUUAAAAAGGAAGAGGAGGAACUCUGCAUCACUCAGGAGGGAGAGUGUCUUCAGUGGUCAGAGGAAGGUGACACCACCAAGUUGCCACUGACUGUUGUCUUCGUGAAGACUGAGGAGGAUGAAGAGAAACCACAAGUGGACAACUUCUUAGCUUCACUAUCAGAUAGUGAGGCUGAAGACGAGGUUGAAGUAACUUUGAGUAGCGAUACAGACUGUGACGGUGAUAUGAGGACUCACACUGACAACAAAACUGACUGCUUUAAAAAGAAGACAUGUAAAACAACUUUGAGCUGUUUAGUUUCUGGUACAAAAUGUUCUAAAAAGAGCAGUUUGACUGAAGACAUGAGAACACACAUUGGAGAAAAAACUUUUGAUUGUUCAGAUUGUGGUAAAAGCUUUUGUCACAAGAGCAGUCUGACAGAACAUCUGAGAACACACACGGGAGAAAGACCAUUUGAUUGUUCAGUCUGCGGUAAAAGCUUUUCACACAAGAGCAGUUUGACUCAACACACGAGAACACACACAGGCGAAAAACCAUAUAAUUGUACGGCUUGCGGUAAGGGCUUUUCUAAAAACAGCAGUUUGACUCAACACAUGAGAACGCACACAGGAGAAAGACCUUUUGAUUGUUCACUUUGUGGUAAAAGCUUUUCUCACAAGAGUGGUUUGACUCAACACAUCAGAUCGCACGCAGGAGAAAAACAACGCAUUUGUCCAGUUUGCGGCAAAAGCUUUUCUCUAAAUAGUAGUUUGGCUAAACACAUGAGAACGCACACAGGUGAAAGACCAUUUGAUUGCUCAGUAUGCGGUAAAAGCUUUACCCAACGGUGCCAUUUGACUCAACAUAUGAGUACCCACACAGGAGAAAAACAAUUCAAUUGUUCAGUUUGUGGUAAAAACUUUUCACAAAAUAGCAGUUUGACUCAACAUAUGAGAACACACACAGGAGAAAGACCUUUUGAUUGUUCAGUUUGUGGGAACAACUUUUCUCACAAGAGCAGUUUGACUCAACAUAUGAGAACACACACAGGAGAAAAACUAUUUAUUUGUUCAGUUUGCAGUAAAAGCUUUUCUCAAAAGAGAGUAUUGCAUGUACACAUGAGAACACACACAGGAGAAAGACCAUUUAGUUGUUCAGUUUGCUGUAAAAGCUUUUCUCACAGUGGAAAUUUAACUCAACACAUGAGAACGCACACUGGAGAAAAACCCUUCAGUUGCUCAUUUUGUAGAAAAAGCUUUUCCAACAAACUCAAUUUGACUCGACACAAAAUGAAACACGUGGGAUAAAAAGAAAAGACAUCUGUUUGCUGUAUACGUUAUUCUCAAGUUAGCAUGACGUGUUGUAAAUGUACUCCUCCAAUUCAUAGCGAACGCUUUUUAUCGACACAUUUUGACUGAACACAUUUGUCAUACACCCUGGAGAAAACCCUUUCAGUCGUUCAUUUUGCCGUCAAAGACAUUCUUGAUUAAUUGUCCAAGGAGAACAUACACAGGAGAAAACAUUUUUAAAUACUUAGUUUGUCACCCAGAAGACAGAUAAGACACAUAAAAACAUACACAGAGAAAAACUAUUUAUUUGCUUAGUUUGUGGUAAAACAUUUGAACAGAGACUAGGUUCUAGAUCCUCUUUUGUUCCAAAGUAGUCGUGGUCUCUCUGCCAUGAUUAGUGGCAGCAAACACACAACUCUCUCGAUGCUGUUGUUGAUGAAAGUAGCGUGAGAUUGCAUCAAUGCGCCAAGAUACUAAAUUGCUGAUAGAGGACUUAAAAUAACCGGAAUAGUGUAUUUCUAACAAGUUAUAAGUUUGUCUGUCACUAUUUGUGUAUAAAAUGUUGUUUGUGUUUUUUAGAUAUUUUAACAAGCUAAUUGGUGGCAUAGUUGACUCCCCAUUACCCUCAUGCUCGGUUUUCAAGCAACAAGUAUCGCCACCCUCGCCCGUUCCCUCUCGCUAUUUGUGUGGAAGAGAGUCCAGCCCCUCUCGAGAGGACCGGUUCCAGACCCUUUGCUGUGCGUUGAAUUAGGUUUGACUAGAUUCAGCGGGAACUUCUCCACCUGGCACUCAAGCUCCUUACCCCCCCAGCGAGUUGACGUUCCACGUCCCAAGAGCUAGCUUCUGUAGUCCAGGAUCAGACCUCCGAGGACCCUGCCUUUUGAGUAGUGAGCCCAUUGGAAGGGGGGGACCCUCGUUUCCUCUUCAUGGGGCCAGGCGCUUGCCAUUGAGCCUUACCUCCAAGCCUGGCUCCACAAGGGGGCCUGGGUGACCCGCUUUUGGGCGGGAAAAUCCGUCUUUUUCGUAAAUGACUUUGAGCCGCUCUUUUUCUGGUCCCUCACCUAAGACAUGUGACAUGCACACUCCCCUACAACCAUCAGGUGGCAGAACAGAGAGCUUUUUCAUUCAAAAAU